CUGCUGGCUGCUCCCUUCACCAGCUGUGCCCAUUCAUCAUGGAGAAGAUCCUUGUCCUUCUGCUUGUCACCCUGGCGGUGGCCUACGCGGUUCCCGACCCCCGGGGAAUCAUUGUCAACCUGACGCUCUACGGGGUUUACUACAAGUGUCCCUGCGAGCGGGGCCUGAUCUGCGAGGUGGACAAGUCCAUCGUGGGCUCCAUCACCAACACCAACUUUGGCACCUGCCGAGACCAGGGCCGCUCCAAGGAGUGAAGGCCUGCGGCCAUGCCCCGGCCCAGCAGAAGGGUGCCCCUCCUGUGCCCCUUCUCCCCGGCUGGCCGCCCGGGACCAGCACCUCCAUGUCCUGAUUGGGUUCUUGGCCAUUAAAGCCCGUCCUGCAAACCUC